AGGGGUGAGGUGGAAGGGAGGGUGGAGGGGCAAGUGGAGUGAAGCAGAAAGGCAGGCUGAGGCCCAAGGUGGGGACGCUGGGGACCCGGAACAGCCAGGGGCCAUGCGUGCAAAGGCCCAGUCAGGUCCCAGCAUCCCACCCAUUGCCUGGGCCCGAGCCAGACACACCCGGAGUGAGGAGGCCCCCUGGGUGGGCCUGCCCUCCCUGGUAGUGGGGCCGGCUGUACUGGGUGGAGGUCAGAGAGCUGCACAUUCAAGUCAGGGGCCCCAGCUGGGGAGCGCUUCUCAGCUCCCCCCAUUCACGGGCCGUGGGGCUGAGGGGCUCCUCCCUGCUGGGCCUGAGUUCUUGCGUGACUUGAGCCUCGGAGAGGCCCCUGGACAAGAAGGGACAUGCUGGGAGGGGGAUGGGACUCCAGCCAUGCAGGGAGGUGUCCAGGAGAUAGCCUGUGGGGAUGACAGGGUUGCUGGGCCGCUCUGGAACCAGCACUGAGGCCAGCGGACAGACAGACAGCAGGGGAGGGUGGGGCAGGAGCAGAGGAGGCAGGGCCGCAGGACAGCUUUUGCCGCUUGGCUGUGUGCUCGCUCCCCGAAAGUACUCAGCCUCCCACCCGACCUCGCCCUCCUCCCUGGCCGGCCUUCCCACCCGGAGGGGCUCCUCAGCCACGCACUGCGUCCAGCAAAACCACUAAGUCAGGGAGGCCAGGGCGGGCAGCCCAUUCAUUGUCCUCACCACGCUGUUCCUUCUGGGCCCUUGGCUGGAACGCUCAGGAUGCCCCACCGCUCACUCCCGGUGCACAUGCACCCCAAGGCAUCCGGAACGGGUGACCUCAGGCCCACCUGCAAAACCGAGAGCGCUGGCGGGCUCUCUGUGGUGUGCAGCGGGCUCCCAGGCAACCGAGAGGAGAAACCGAGACCCAAACUCACUGCUCCUAAGAUCCCAGAAGGGGAGAAAGUGGACUUCGAUGACAUCCAGAAGAAGCGUCAGAACAAAGACCUAAUGGAGCUCCAGGCCCUCAUCGACAGCCACUUUGAAGCCCGGAAGAAGGAGGAGGAGGAGCUGGUCGCUCUCAAAGACAGAAUCGAGAAGCGCCGUGCGGAGAGAGCGGAGCAGCAGAGGAUUCGUGCAGAGAAGGAGAGGGAGCGCCAGAACAGACUGGCGGAGGAAAAGGCCAGAAGGGAGGAGGAGGAUGCCAAGAGGAGGGCAGAGGACGACCUGAAGAAGAAGAAAGCUCUGUCUUCCAUGGGAGCCAACUACAGCAGCUACCUGGCCAAGGCUGACCAGAAGAGAGGCAAGAAGCAGACGGCCCGGGAAAUGAAGAAGAAGAUUCUGGCUGAGAGACGCAAGCCGCUCAACAUCGACCACCUCGGUGAAGACAAACUGAGGGACAAGGCCAAGGAGCUCUGGGAGACCCUGCACCAGCUGGAGAUCGACAAGUUCGAGUUUGGGGAGAAGCUGAAACGCCAGAAAUAUGAUAUCACCACGCUCAGGAGCCGCAUUGACCAGGCCCAGAAGCACAGCAAGAAGGCUGGGACCCCAGCCAAGGGCAAAGUCGGCGGGCGCUGGAAGUAGAGAGGCCAGAAAGGCCCCUCGAGGCAGAGACCCUCUGCCCUCUUGCACACCAGGGCCGCUCGUGGGACUCCACAUCCUCCAGCCCCCACAAUCCUGUCAGGGGCUCCCUGACAAUCCUGGGGGUGGAGAGGCCAUCCCGGGGCGUCCCCCACAUCUCUGUCCUUGCUGUCUUCAUCCCCUGGGGCCUGUGAAUAAAGCUGCAGACCCCCC